AUGGCGACGAUGGAGGCCAGCGACAACACCACCGCUGACGUGGCUGCAGCUGCUGGUGCUUCAAAAGCUAUUGAGAACGAUACAAUCAACUCACUGAACACACCGCCGCUCGAGAAGGCGCCAGGCAAUAUGACACUGCCACUUCCAAAGGAGAGGACGAGACGGACGACGGUGAAUGCGAACACGAAUGCGAAUACCAAUACCGCCCGCGCACGGUCAAGGACACCGAGUGCGCCUGCGCCGUUGGAUCCAAAUGCUCUCAGCAAAGCGCUAUUCAAGGAGUUUGAGGAGGGAGGAAGGUCGAGAGAUAUCACACCUGGAGGCAGCCCGAGUCGGAAAAGGCAAAGGGUCUACGGCGAUAGAUUCAUCCCAAACCGAGAAGGACAAGACCUACAGGCAAGCUUUAGCUUGCUUCACGAUGAGGGUUCGCCGGCGACAUCUUCAAAGGCCAAGAAACGGACGCCACAUGGCGAGCUACAUUUCCAAAAGACUGAGGAGGCAAACCGGACCUUUUCCACACUUCUACGGGCAGAAAUAUUCGAUACUUCAGUACCCCAAGCUACUCUCACCAAUUUAUCACCAGACGCUACAAUACAUUCAACAUCUACCACAGCUCACGAUCCUACUCGCUCUCACACUCCUCCUAACAAUGGAUCGAAUACCUCUGUUACAAACUCAAUGACGCCUUCCACACCUCAUAAGAACCUCUUCACAUAUAUGUCGCCCAGACACCACACCCAUAUCGCAGGACACCCUACACCAACUCGAACGCCUCAAAGUCGGCAUGGACCUAACCUCAAUGCACGAUCUGAGAUUUUCAGCCUUUCCCCAGUGCGCCUCAGCAGUCAACAUAUGCUCCUGAGCCCGCGGAAACAGCCCCGAGCCGUUAACAAAGUUCCAUACAAAGUGCUCGAUGCGCCGGAUCUCGCAGAUGACUUUUACCUCAAUCUCGUUGACUGGGGGAGCAGUGACAUCCUCGGUGUUGGAUUAGGGAGCUGUGUAUAUAUGUGGAACUCCGAAACCCAGCGCGUGAAUAAGCUCUGUGAACUCGAGGACGACACCGUCACCAGUGUCUCCUGGAUCCAGCGCGGCUCGCACAUCGCCAUUGGCACUGGGAAAGGCUUCGUGCAGAUCUGGGAUGCAGCCCGGACUCGCAGGCUACGAACGAUGACGGGUCACACAGCCAGAGUGGGUGCGUUGGCGUGGAACGACCAUAUCCUGACCUCCGGAUCGAGGGACCGUCUCAUCUACCACCGUGAUGUACGACAGCCGGAUCAGUGGCUGCGGAAGUUGGUGGGCCAUAAACAGGAAGUCUGUGGCCUGCGCUGGAACUGCGAAGAUGGCCAGCUCGCAUCGGGCGGGAACGACAAUAAGCUCCUGGUAUGGGACAAGCUUUCCGAGACGCCAACAUGGAAAUUCUCGGAACACACCGCGGCCGUGAAGGCUAUUGCUUGGUCGCCACAUCAGCGAGGUCUCCUUGCCUCUGGUGGAGGAACGGCAGAUCGUAAAAUCAUUUUCCACAACACUCUCACCGGCACGCUAAUCAACGAGAUCGACACUGGCUCGCAAGUGUGUAAUCUGGCUUGGAGCAAGAAUAGCAACGAGAUUGUCAGCACCCACGGGUAUAGCCAGAACCAGAUCGUGGUGUGGAAGUACCCGUCCAUGACGCAGGUGGUCAGCUUGACGGGACAUACCUACCGUGUGCUAUAUCUUGCGAUGAGCCCUGAUGGCAGGGUCAUCGUUACAGGCGCGGGCGACGAGACCUUACGGUUCUGGAACGCGUUCCCCAAGAAAGCAGGGCAGCGGGGUGAGGACGGAGAAGGCGGCACCGGGAAGCUCGCAGAGUGGAGUGUCAUCAGGUGA